CCUAUUAGCCAAUAACCACUGAAAACGGGAUGCUGAAUUUGUUUAGGGUUCGGAAAAUGUAAAUAGAACAAUAAUUGGAAUUUCAUUACAAAAAAAAAUGGCUGUUUAUCGUCCCCGAGGCACUUUGGCCAGAGUUAUUCAUGCCAAGUUUCACAACGACAAUUCCCUGGAAGACAUAGACACCAGAAAGUGGUACUCCUUGAACCACGAACUGCCCCCAAGAUUUCAAGCCAAGUUUGUGCCUCUCGAGCCGGAUGCCAUCACGGUGAGCUGGCUGGAGCGCACCAAAGCCCUGUCGGCAAACAUCUGGACACAUUUAUGGCAUGCUUUGGCCAGAAGCAUCCUCCAGUUCUUUAUGACCCAAACUGACAUCAACGGAUUCCUAAAGCGCGGCUCCAUGUUUAUUCUGUCCGAAGACCAGUUCCGCAAGUUGCUGGUCGCUGGUGGCUUUCAACCUGCCUCUGGAGAUGAACCGGUUACGUUACUGGACAUCGGUGCCGGAGAUGGCGAGAUCUCGCUGCGAGUGGCCAACACCGUCUCCGAGCUAAGUGGUAGUGCCGGACUGCGGGUUUUCGCCACUGAGGCCAGCUGGACAAUGCGCGACCGCCUUAAGAAGCUAAACUUCAACGUAAUCACCGAGAUAGGCGGCCUGCAAAACUUGGAAUUGAUUCUGUGCCUCAAUGUGUUGGAUCGGUGCUUCGAUUCAUUCAAGUUGCUAGAGGACAUAAACCUAGCCCUCGCUCCUAAUGGCCGAGCUGUGGUGGCCUUAGUACUUCCCUAUAUGCACUAUGUAGAGACAAACACAUCGCAUUUGCCACUGCGUCCGCUCCUCGAAAACAACGGACGUCAGGCAUCCUUCGAGGAGGAGGCAGCACGAUUCAUGGAGCUGCUGGAGAGUUGCGGCUUCUGCGUGGAGUCUUGGACCAAAGCGCCGUACUUGUGCGAAGGAGAUCUGCACCAAUCGUUUUAUUGGUUAAUCGACCUAAUCGUUGUCAUUUCGAAAAAGACGUUCUAGAACAAAGCUUCCAGAUCCUGCACAAUCCAUUUUGAGAAAUUGUAACCGUUUUCCUCCUAGAGUUAAGUGGCUGCAUUGAUAAACUGAGCAUUUAUACUUAUUACAAAUGUAGGCUAUAAAUUAGGUAAACAAUUUAUUCUUAAACGAUUACCAAAAAUGUAAAUGGAUAAAUAUGUUUAAAUUAAAGUGCGAGAAUUCUAAGUCGCGUUCAAAACGAAA